UGAUGGGGGAACCCGCUGGCGCCGUCACGUGACCCGCCGACCUGCUGCUCCGCGGUGCGGAAUGUUCAGCUGCUCUUAAAGGGCACAGACCCUCCCCGUCCCAUCGGAGCCGACUCCGAACGUGCGCUGACUUUGGACCCCUGGGGACCCUGAACUUGAUGCCAUGGGAGGCAGCGCGGGCUCGCGGCGACGCCUUUCAGACUCCGAGGGAGAGGUGACGGCCCAGGAACCUCGGGAACCUCGGCCCCCGCCGCCGGACCGGCAGGGCGCCCAUUGGAAGAACGCGAUGGGCUUCUGGCUCUUGGGCCUUUGCAACAACUUCUCUUACGUGGUGAUGCUCAGUGCUGCUCAUGACAUCCUCAGCCACAAGAGGGCAUCUGGAAACCAAAGCCAUGUAGACCCAGACCCAGUCCCCACCCCCCACAAUAACUCAUCUCGCUUUGACUGCAACUCUGUCUCCACAGCUGCGGUGCUCCUGGCAGACAUCCUCCCCACGCUCGUCAUCAAAUUGCUGGCUCCCCUUGGCCUUCAUCUGCUGCCCUACAGCCCCCGGGUUCUCUUCAGUGGGGUUUGUGCAGCUGGAAGCUUCAUCCUCGUUGCAUUUUCCCACUCGGUGGUGACCAGCCUGUGUGGUGUGGUCUUGGCCAGCAUCUCAUCAGGCCUGGGGGAGGUCACCUUCCUCUCACUCACCGCCUUCUACCCCAGGGCUGUGAUCUCCUGGUGGUCCUCAGGUACUGGAGGAGCAGGGCUGCUGGGGGCAUUGUCCUACCUGGGCCUCACCCAGGUGGGCCUCUCCCCCCAGCACACCCUGCUGUCCAUGCUGGGCAUCCCCGCCUUGCUGCUGGCCAGCUAUUUCUUUUUGCUCACAUCGCCCGGGCCCCAGGACCCUGGAGGGGAAGAAGAGGCAGAGAGGGCAGCUCGGCAACCCCUGAUGAGCAGCGAGGCCCCCGAGGCCCCCGAGUGGAAGCCAGACUCCAGCCCAAGCCUCUCCCUUCAGGAGAAGUGGACUGUGUUCAAGGGCCUGCAGUGUUACAUCCUCCCGUUGGUCCUGGUUUACUUUGCUGAGUACUUCAUCAAUCAGGGGCUUUUUGAGCUCCUCUUCUUCCGGAACACAUCCCUGAGUCACGCUCAGCAGUACCGCUGGUACCAGAUGCUGUACCAGGCCGGCGUCUUUGCCUCCCGCUCCUCUCUUCGCUGCUUUCGCAUCCAGUUCACAUGGGCCCUGGCCCUGCUGCAGUGCUUCAACCUGGUCUUCCUGCUGCUGGACGUGUGGCUGAGCUUCCUGCCGAGCAUCUACCUCGUCUUCCUGAUCGUUCUGUAUGAGGGGCUCCUGGGGGGUGCCGCCUACGUGAACACCUUCCACAACAUCGCCCUGGAGACCAGUGACGAGCACCGGGAAUUUGCCAUGGCAACCGCCUGUGUGUCCGACACCUUGGGGAUCUCCCUGUCAGGGCUCCUGGCCCUGCCCCUGCACGACUUCCUCUGCCGCCUCUCCUGACACUGGGCUUCUUGGGAUACGGGACGCGCUGGCAGGUGGGCAGGCCAGACCCCGGGCCCACAGCCCAGGGCCCAGCCAUGAGCUCUGCCCCUGGAAUUCCCGGCACAGCUGGGCUGUAGAGAAGCACCAGGUUCCGCCCGCCCUUGGUCAAGGGGCAGCAGCUUUCUCUCACUCCACGCUGAUCUCUGGGACUUUCUUCUUGGCAUUAAUUAUGCCCUUGGAAUAAAUGCGUAUAUUUAUCGAUUGA